AUGGUGAAAUCUCUACUGAAUUUGUGCCUUUCGGCAAUUUGCCAACAUGAGCUCAAUUCGGAUAUCUCCGAGAUACCCACCGAAUGUAAGCAGAAGCUCCUAGAAUUUUUCAUAAGUCACGAUCAGCUGUCUGCUUCCGACUGCUCGAGUCUCGUUUCCUCGGAAACAUUUGGACUCAACAUUCCAUUCUUGACAUUCUAUCUGUCGAGUGAGCUUACCGACGAGAUGCUCAAUAAGCUGACAAUCAAUAACAAGCGUGUUGAGAAGAUCACACUUGUUGACUGCCAAAAUGUCACCGAUAUUGGAGCAAAAGCCGUGACUCGCGGUCAAAUGCAAUUGAGACAAUUGGAGUUCAGAGCAAUGCAUCAGAUCACCGAUGAGGGUUUGGUUGACAUUUACAGCCCGUAUUUGUAUUCCGUCGAUUUAUCCGGGUGUGGAAAGAUAACUAGUUCUGGAAUCAGGACGCUCAUCUCUAACAAUCCGACAAUCCGUUGCGUCUACCUAAAUCACUGUAGAUCAUUGGAUGAUCAGGUUCUCUAUGAUAUUGCUCAUUUCAUCGGAGAUCGUCUUCAUGUCCUUGAAUUAGACUUCCCCACCUCACUGUCCGAUCCGGGAGCUGCACUUCAUUAUCUAUCAUCCCAGUGUCCAAAUCUUUCGCAACUCUCGUUGGCCAGAUUUUUCCCAGAGGAUGAAAUUGACCGAUUCGUCAUUGAUGGGAUCAAUUUGAAAAUUUUGGAUUUGUAUGGAAAUUAUUUCUCAAUGCUUCCUCAACUUCCGCCCACCGUUCGAUCGAUCAGAUUGUCGGUGUCUGGUGAGGAGGAUGCUGAGCAAUUGGUCACAUCCUUAUUGGAUCAACCAUCAUUGGAUAGUAUUAAUCUAAUUGUGUCGGUACGCGAGGCGAAUAUUCAAUCCGUUGACAAUGCCAACAACCUUCUUUGCGCUCUGAUUCCAGUGCUCGGCUCAAAAAUCACGAAGCUCCAAAUUUCGGUUCCUCGUCUUUUCGAUGAGCCUCUAAUGCUUGUCACUGAAUUAUUGCCUAAUUUGACACAUCUCUCAUUAGAGGUCAAUCAUCUAAAUACGACCAUUCUUCAGAAAUAUUUUUCGGGUGGUACCAAGUCGCGUGCUUCCCGAUUGCGAUGCCUUCGAAUCUGCCGAAUGCGCAUGACCUACCGUGUUCUUUUCGCAAUUGCUAGAGGAGCCAGAAGUCUUACGGAUUUGGAGACAUCCCAUAUGUAUUCCGUCGAUGAUCGCUUCCUCUGCCUUUUGGGAGGAAACUGCCGUCAAUUGCGAUGCUUGAAUAUCAAUGGGUGUCGAUAUGUGACUGACAAAGGUUUGGCGGUUCUAGCAAGACGCUGUCCGCUUCGUGAGGUCCGAAUCCGCGGAACUGCAUGUACCGACAAAUCGAUCUACAUUCUUGCCCAAUUCUGCCCCGAACUCGAAUGGAUAUCCUACGCGGAUUAUUCCGGUCGUCCGAAGUUCUCCGACGCCGCAUUGCAAUGCCUACGCGAUUCGUGCAUUCAACGCGUGAUCUGUUAA